GGUAUAUUCCAACUUGAGGGAGGACCAUGUUGUCUCGCGGACAGGGAGCUUCACGAAGCGGAGCCGCCAGCAGGGCUCGGCGGAGGUGGAGGGAGGACAACCCGCCGGCCCCGCGGAGGAGCGCCCUGGACGGGCCCGUACAGAAGGUGGUGAUCAACGUGAGCGGACUCAGGUUUGUGACGACCAUGGCCACACUGGAGACCUACCCAGAUAGUCUACUGGGGGACGGCCGCAGGAGAAAGUGGUACUUCGAUCCCAACAAGAAUGAAUACUUCUUUGACAGACACCGCCCCAGUUUUGAGGCGAUCCUGCAGUACUACCAGACGGGCGGGAUGCUACAGAGGCCCGAGGAGGUUCCCGCUGAGGUGUUCCUGGACGAGCUGGAGUUUUACGAUGUUGGAGAAGAAACUUUGAGAAGGUACCGAGAAGAGGAGGGGAUGGAGCUGCCCCCUCCUGACGUCCUGCCGCCGCCGGAAGACGAGAGGCUGAAGAAAAUCUGGCUCCUCUUCAACGAACCGAAGUCGUCAAUCCUGGCCAAGAUCGUUACAACCAUCUGUGUGAUAAUGAUACUGAUGAGCGUGGUGGUGACGUGUAUGGAGACUGUACCGGAAGUGCAGGAGUGGCUGCACACCCCCGCCACAGGCAGCAAUGAGACAGGCCCACUUCCGGUGACGCGGAACCCGUUCUUCGUGGCGGAGACCAUCUACGUGGCCUGGUUCACUCUGGAGCUGGUUUUAGGGUUCGUGUCCUGCGCGGACCGGUGCAGGUUCGUGAAGGAUUACGUCAACGUUUUGGACUUCAUCGGGAUCGCGCUAUACUUCGUUGAGCUGGGGCUCGAAAUGAGGCGAGUCUUUAUAGCCGUUCGUUUAGACCCUUUGUUGCUUAUUGGGUGGGUUGAUUACUCUUUCUUCGCAGAGUAG